AUGGAGUCUCCUCGAAUCUUUCCAUUCGUUCGACCGUGGAGAAACUCCACAAAACAGAAGAGCAACAAAAGGUGUAGCCUACCUCCGCCACCCGAACUCGGGUGUACUCUCUUCCACAAUCAUGUUCAAAAAGAUAUCGGUCUGAUGAACUUGACCCGCGGAAGCAAUAUCUCGGAAUCAUCAGAGAAUGUGAAGGACAAAGAGAACAAGGGCAUCAGACCGCAGGAGAUGUUGAUCAAGAUGGAAGAUUCCCUAGGACUACACUUAACUAGCGGAGCCAAAGAAAAGUCCAUCCAAUAUCCACCAUCUGCAGGACCAGUGGAGAGCGCCAGAAUGUCUCCAACAAACCGCCAUCAAGGAACGGUAUCCUCCAUCUCCAUACCUAAGCAAACAUCGCCCGAGCCAUCCACACAAACUUGGACUGUUUUUCCUCGGGAAUCACGACGGACAAUCAUUGCCGUCGACACAGCCGUCUCUUCUGAUGGCGAAGAGUCGGACGUUUGGCCUUUACCUGACAACCAGCCAUCUACUGUACCACGCUUUAGCGCAGCCCUACGCCGUUUCUUUCCCGAACUGUCCUUUACCGACUUCGUAUCUGUGUCUUCGAUAGGAGCUAGUGCUGGUGCCCAUCAGCAAAGCGCCGGGCUAAUCGGGUUCUCGUCGAAUUUUGAGACAGAACUCCGCGAGCGGGUUCAAACCCUCUACAAGACUUCGGCUAAUGCUGUUGAUAUACUAGCCACAGACGUGAAUGAAGCUCUGAAGCAAAAGACAGCAUCCUCGCUGUCGGGCUCCGGGGAUUUAUUUGACUGCGCCUCGUCUUUCUAUAGUAGCCGGACUUCUAUCGCGAGUGUUGAGACAGAAUGCUUCAGGCCAGCCACAAAAGAACCUCAUCGAUGCUCCAUUCUCUCACCCGUUGCGGCUGGUGUCUUUGACUAUGCUGUUUCGGCGUGUUCUUUGCGAGCUCCGACGUUCGUCCCGCCAGUACCGACUGAAUCGGCAUCUAGCAAAGGCAACGCGUCAGGCUCUACCUAUCCAUCGUGCUCAAUGUCGCCAUCUCGACGCACUUCAAUUUUCCCCAAGCUAUCGUUUAACGACAUCAAGAACAAGCCUCUCCCCCUCGAGCCCGGCGAAGAUCCCGGUCCGCUAGCCAUCCACCGCAAUCACUACGGCCCCCUAUCUGCAACAACAGUAGCUUUGCAAUCAUCCAGAUUUCACUCGACCUAUCAUGACCACGAGCUAAACCACAAGACCACAGGCAUGCACCGAAAUAAAUCUGGGAAAGCAUGUCAUAUAUGUGGAGAGUGCACUGAUCAUGAUCUCAGUCGAUCUUUCUCGGGCGGUCGCAUUGAGCAGUCAGAAACCGGCAAUGGCCAUCGUCUGUAG